AUGUGCAAAUGGUUGACGGUGAUGAUGGGUACCGUUGGUGCGCGCGAAGAGCGUGAGGUUAGAGGAGUGCCUGGGCACAGGGGACUUGCGGCGCACGUAGUAGUGGUCGUUUCGCUGCGGCGGCGGCGGAGGAACGAAGGGCGGCGGCGGCGGCAAGCGCGAGGGCCUUCGCCUCGCGCCGCCCGCGAAGGCAUCCAUCGCGGCGAGCGUGCCGACGUCGCUCAUGCUCGCGGCGCGCUAACAGUUGGAAGACUGCGGCCGGAUCGUUACCCCCGCCCGCCCUAG